CAAACAACAUAUAAAAAGGAAUCAGGAACAAUCAGCGGUGGCGGCGAUGUCCGAAUCGGAAUCGCCAGGAAAACAGAAAGGGCUGCGACGCCAACUGCGCGAGCGCAAAGAACGCAAACAAUAUUUGGAAGAAUGGGCUUUGGGUGAUGAUGAUUUGGAGGGGGCACGCGGUUUUAGCGUGGCCGAAAAGCUGGAGUCAUCAAAAUUUGCCCAAACAGGUAUGGUGCGGGAAAUGCGCGGUAGUGAUUUAAAUGUGGCAUUAUUACAACAACAUGGUUUCAAUAUGCCAUUAUUAUUUCGUGAUAAGACCGGUUUGGGUCUACGCAUGCCCAAUCCCAAUGAAUUCACGGUGAACGAUGUCCGAUUGUGUGUCGGCUCCCGGCGCAUACUCGAUGUCAUGGAUGUAAAUACACAAAAAAAUCUCCAAAUGACAAUGAAGGAAUGGCAGCAAUACUACGAUAGCCCCCAAAAGGAUCGUCUGCUAAAUGUCAUCUCCUUGGAAUUCUCUCACACCCGGCUGGAUAAUUAUGUUCAAAGUCCGGAAAUUGUACGACAAAUUGAUUGGGUUGAUGUUGUGUGGCCCAAACGCCUCAAAGAUGCCCAAAAGGAGGCAACAAAUCUCCUGGGCAAUAUGAUGUAUCCCAAGGUUCAGAAAUAUUGUCUAAUGUCGGUGAAAAAUUGCUAUACCGAUUUCCAUAUAGAUUUUGGUGGCACCUCUGUCUGGUAUCACAUUCUCAAGGGUAGUAAGGUGUUCUGGUUAAUACCACCAACCGAAAAGAAUCUCCAGUUAUAUGAAAAAUGGGUGUUGUCCGGCAAGCAGGCGGAUAUCUUUUUUGGUGACACCGUGGAGAAGUGUGCUCGGGUAUAUUUGACAGCGGGAAAUACAUUUUUCAUACCCACCGGUUGGAUACAUGCAGUGUACACCCCCACAGAUUCUUUGGUAUUUGGUGGUAACUUUUUGCAUUCCUUUGGCAUUGUCAAGCAGCUGAAGACAGCCCAGGUUGAGGAUGCCACCAAGGUUCCACAGAAAUUUCGUUACCCUUUUUUUACGGAAAUGUUGUGGUAUGUCCUCGCACGCUAUGUUUAUGUGUUGUUGGGUCAUUCCCAUUUGGAGGGAGAACCUUCGGUGGAUGAAAAUGAAAUGUCAGCAAGGCCACACAUCCAUUUAACCCAUUACGAGUUGUUUGGUCUCAAGGAAAUUGUGAUGUACCUCUAUGAUUUGCCACCGAAUAAGAAAAAUGUCCCGGAGUUGGUCAGAGAUCCAGUGGCUCUCAUUAAAGAUGUACGUACCCUGGUGGAGCGUCAUUGUAAAGAUAAACCGGAACUGGCCAUAACGGGGGAGUCGGUGUUGAAACCACCCGGCCUAAUGCAUCCACCAUUUCAGGAAUAUGAGCGAUCUAGGGUCAAGCAGGAAAUAAAACAAGAGAUCGCCAGGAAAAAUGCAGAAAUCAUAAGGGAGCAACAACAGUUGGAGGCACAACAGGCGGCAGAGUCAGCGGCAGCUGCUGGCGGAGGUGCAGUUGGUGGCGGCGGUGGUGUGGUGGGUGUGGGGGGAGCUGGCACAAUUAUAUCACAUUUGGCCUUUAGCAGUGGUACCACCACCGUAACAACGGAUAAUGGUAUUACCAUAAAAAAGGAACCCAUUGAAAAUGGAACAACAUCGCAGCAGCAGCAGGAACAAUUACAACAAAAUCAAACUCAGCAACCACCAACCUUUGUCUCACCCACAGAUAACAUUAAAUAUCGGCCUCCCAAGAAAAUGCAUUUAGCCAAUGCUGUGGCGGCUGCUGCAGGCGUGACUGCGGGAGGUAAUAAUGGCAAUGCUGUCAGCGUCAUUGCCUCCUGUUCCAAUUACAAUAACAACAACAACAGCAGCAGCAAUAACAAUAGUAAUAAUCAUCAUACAUCAGGAGGUGGUGGAACAGCAGCAGGAGGAGUUGGUGCAUCGAUAAACCACAAUCUGACACCCCUACAAACCUCCCACAGCGGCCCAUCAGCCGAUAAUUGUCUCUCACCCAAUAACGAAUCAUCGAAAAUAUCACCAAAUGUCACUGGUCUAGGUCAGCCGCGACGUCGUCGUACCCGCUGCAAAAAUUGUGCCGCCUGUCAGCGAUCCGAUUGUGGGGAGUGUAGUUUCUGCCUGGAUAUGGUAAAAUUUGGUGGACCCGGUCGGGCGAAACAAACCUGUAUGAUGCGUCAAUGUCUCUCACCCAUGCUGCCGGUGACAGCUCAAUGUGUUUUCUGUCAUUUGGAUGGUUGGCGUCAAACGCCCGUUUCACCACAAACCAAACAAUUGGCAGCAAUCGAUGGACCCUCGGCAUUAAUGGAAUGCUCGGUGUGCUAUGAAAUUGCUCAUCCCGAUUGUGCUCUCUCCGCCUUGGAUGGUACCGAAUAUGCUGCCGAUGCUAAGGGUAUUGUUAACGAGGAUCUGCCGAAUAGUUGGGAAUGUCCCAGUUGCUGUAAAUCGGGAAAAAAUAAUGAUUAUAAGCCACGUCAUUUUCGUGCCAGACAAAAAUCCUCGGAAGUACGACGCACAUCGGUGGGUGGUGUUAACAUUGUCGGUGGAGAUUUUAUUGAUGGCGGUGGUGGUUCCCACCUUCCCGGAAAUAUUAACAAUCAUCAUCAUCACUACAAUGAUUUUGUUUUUACCAGUGAAUCGGAAAUGGAAAGCGGCUCGACGGCGGCCACCAACAACAGCAAUUGGAAACAUGGCGUCAAACGUCACAUGACGACCAUCGAAGUGAAAACGGAACGUAGCUAUGACACCCCCUCGCCCGGCAUAUCACCCACAGCUGUGGAUAAAAUUAAACGACGACGCAGCGACGAUGGUCUGAGCAUGUGCAGCAGUAUGCAGGAUAGUAUAGAUGCGAAUGCCUCCAUCGACUGCAAUGUAACGGGAGGACAGGGUAUGGGUUCAGGUGGUGGUAGUGGAGGUUGCGGCCCAGGAAAUCAUGGUUCACGCAAGAAGAAUUCGGUACGAUCUCAUUUGGCACAACAAAUGUUGAACUCUUCGACGAGGGUUUUAAAAAAGCCGCAAUAUGUGGUACGACCGGGUUCGACACACACAUCGGCGGGGACUGUGGGUGGUGCAUAUGGUAAUAACUUGAUGAGCGGUAAUGGUGGUGGCGGUGGUUAUGUCGGCCCCAAUUUGGCACUGGAUCCCACCCUCUUGAAAAUCAUCUUCCGCUAUUUACCCCAAGAGACACUGGUCACCUGCUGUUCGGUGUGUAAAAUUUGGUCAAAUGUUGCCGUCGACCCUGUCCUUUGGAAGACCAUGAAUUGUUCGGAAAUGAAACUCUCUGCCUCGUUGCUAACAGCCAUUGUCCGCCGACAACCCGAGCAUUUGAUCUUGGAUUGGACCCAGAUAGCCAAACGACAAUUGGCCUGGAUAAUUGCCCGCCUGCCUGCCUUGAAAAAUCUCUCCCUACAAAAUUGCCCCAUACAGGCGGUUUUAGCCUUGCACACCUGCCUCUGCCCUCCCUUGCAAAUAUUAGAUUUAAGUUUUGUGCGUGGUCUAAAUGAUGCAGCCAUACGUGAUAUACUCUCGCCACCCAAAGAUUCACGACCGGGUCUGGCCGAUUCGAAGACACGGCUGCGGGAUCUAAAGACUCUUAAGUUGGCUGGUACGGAUAUUUCCGAUGUGGCGUUACGCUACAUUACGCAGUCGCUACCGCAUUUAGUCCAUUUGGAUGUAUCGUCGUGUCAGCGUAUAACCGAUGCAGGGGUGGCACAAAUUGGCACAUCACCGACGGCAAUUGCAAAUUUGAUUGAAUUGAAUUUGAGUGCAUGUCGUUUGGUGUCCGAGCUGUCGUUGGAUCAUUUGGCCAAGUGUGAUCAGCUGAUAUGGCUGGAUUUGAGGCAUGUACCACAGGUUAGCACCCAGGCGGUCAUCAAAUUUGCAGCCAAAUCCAAACAUGAUUUGUGUGUGAAAGAUAUAAAAUUGGUGGAGAAACGUAAGCCGCCGCCACAGACGACGCCACAAUCAUCGGCGGGUGGUGGGGGUAGUAAUUUUUCGGCUUCCACUACACCAAUUUCUUCAGCUGCUGGUUCAGCAAGUAAUUGGAAUGAUUAG